UCUCGCAGCAGUAUGAGGAUAACAAGCCAGCGGAUCUGAGUUGCGGUUACAAGCGCUGUCAACCGACGGCUAAUAAGCUGAAAAACAAAUGCAGUUUCUCAGAAAGAAGACCUCUGGUUUAACGAGCGACGAAGAAACACCCCCCUGCUUUUCUCUCCGUGUUUGUUUGUGUGCAUGGAAGUCGUCGGGUUGGAGUUUGUGUGCGAUCUCUCCGCUGCUGUCCGAGGAUUAACACCAGACUCUGAAAGCGCCGUGAUAUCAGUUUAAGAGUGAAAUUGAGGAUUAUUUUGGAGCAUCACGUGUGAUUAUAUAUAUAUUUCUUGUUGCGUUUUGGUUGCCGCUUGUUCCCCGCACAGUUUGUGGGUAACAUAAAAGUGGAAAAAGCCCAGUGAAGUCCGGACAAGAAGACAACAGCGGACACUUGUUGAAAUCCAAAUUAACCGAGUGUGAGCUGUGCUAACGGUCGGUAGCGAGAUUUCAAAGCUAACGAGGCUAACAACUUUUCUCCUAAGCGCCGCAGAUAAAAAAAAAAAAAAAACCUCCCAGCGCAGAUUACUGCCAAUACGUGUCUGUUACAUGUCCACCGAGUGUCGGGAAGUUUGAGCAAAGUGCGUUUUGUGAGACAUUGUUGUGAAAUGACGACUGACAGCAGCUUAGCUAACUCGGCUAGCUGCAGCUGUUAACUCGUCCAGCGCUGCGUUAGCACUGGCGGCUAACGCGAUGUUAAGUUAGAUUCAAACAAGUGGUUCGUCAAUAUGGAGUUAUUUCACACGGAUAACUUCUUAUAACCAACGCGACGUUUUCUGAAAGUUAUUGGCGUUAACUUGCAAAACAUAAAUAUAUAUAUUUUUUUUGUUAUAAAAGGCUUUUAAUUACUCUCCCAGGCAGAAGAAGAAGACACUUUAUUAACCGGGAGCUUUAACGGUAGCUUCUCAAACUUUGGGCCAACCAGUAAUGUGUGCUGUGCUUUUACAACACAGAUGGGUUCACUGAGAGACUUUGAAGAAUAGACUCCCCCCCCCCAGCAUCGUCUUCUACUUUCCCUCCUCUUCCUCUCGAGUAGCUGAAGUUGUGAAACUGCGGCCCGCACGAUGUCCGGCUCCCCGGGCACAGGUGGCUCAAACCCCAGGAAGUUCAGCGAGAAGAUAGCGCUGCACAACCAGAAGCAAGCAGAGGAGACGCGGGCCUUCGAGCAGCUGAUGACAGACCUCACUGUUUCAAGGGUGCAGUUUCAGAAGAUCCAGCAGCUUCGUUUGUCUCAGUCUCGGGCACCGUACUAUGGAGGCUCUCUACCGAACGUCAAUCAGAUUGGCAACGCCAGCGUGGAAUUUCAGGGUGGCUUUCAGUCAGGGUUGGACUCAGUCAGAGGGACCCGCCACCAUGGACUGGUCGAGAGGGUCCACAGGGACCGCAACCGCAUCAACUCUCCCCAUCGUCGACCCAUCGACAAGCAUGGACGGCAGAUCGAGAGCUCUCCGUAUGGAGCAGUGUACCUGUCCCCACCUCUGGAUAACAACUGGAGAAGGGAACAGCAGCCAUGGACUGAGGAAAAACGGCCUGGGUUUAGAUUAAUAUCACAACUCAACAGAACCAACUCAGACUCUGCUCUGCAUACGAGUGCUAUGAACCCAAACCCUCAGGACCCCUUUGGCAUGAACCAGCAGAUGGGUCGAGGUCCCCCCCAGCGUAAUGGCCGGCAUGCAGCUAGUGUAAAUGAGGCAGAGGUGGAUGGCUCCGGAAACGUGUUCUCCUUCCCCUCCCUGCCUAAUGAGGAGAGUCUAAUAGGGGUCAGUAAACCCCUUCCCAAGCAGCUGUGGGAGGCCAAGAAGGUCCAGUCUCUGGCAUCAAGGCCUAAAUCGUGUGAAGUGCCUGGAAUCAAUAUAUUCCCGUCUCCGGAGCAGAACCCCGGUCUGUCCCACUACCAGGGCUUGUUAAAUACCGGCGGCUCCCUGCCCGACCUCAGCAAUCUGCACUUCCCCUCACCGCUCUCCACCCCGCUGGACCCAGAGGACAACGGAGGGUACCCCAACCUCAGUGGGGGCAGCAGCACCGGAAAUCUGCCGGCUGCCAUGAUGCACCUAGGCAUCGGCAACUCCCAGGGUCUCUCUUCCUCUCUGAGCAAUCCCUCAAUCCAGCAGUCCCUCAACAACUGUCAGCUGCAGUCGUCGCUCAGCAAUCCCUCCAUCAACUCGUCCCUGCGUCUCUCCAACAACUCCCCUCGGAGACGGCCCGCUCCCAUCAGCCCCCUCACCCUGUCUCCUGGCACCGAGCAGCGCAGGGGUCUUGCCAAGCAGCUCUCUCCCACCAUGUCCCCCUCGCUGUCCCCCAUCACACAGGGAGUAGCUUUGGAUACCAGCAACAUGCCAAGGGAGCCGCCCCCACCCUAUCCGCUCUACCAACAAUCCCAGCAUGCAGUGGACCAGAGCCGACAAUGCCAACAGCAGCAGCAGCAGCAGCAGCAGCAGCAACAGCAUCAGCAUCAUCAGCAGCAACAGCAGCAGCCCCUUUCCCCCCUUCAGAACAUCCAAAUGGACUUCAACAACCAACACAACAACAUGGGGACACUCUUCAACGACCCCUUCAUGGAGCCACAGUUCUCCAAUCGUCAGAGCAAGACCCUCCCCUAUCAGUUUUACAAGGGAAAUUACUCUGUGGCAUCAGUUCAUCACUCCACUGAAAAUUUGGACCAGUUCUCUCUGUUGGAAAACGCGAUGUGCUCCACAGCAGGGGGUUCUUGCUUCGACCCUUCCUCCUCCUUGCUGUACUACUCCCAGGCUGCCCUCUCAGGGCUGGGCGGCAGCCAUGGCAGCCUGCAGGACCCUAAUCACAUGAGGUCUAACAUGCUGUACUCCAACUGCAGCGGAGGACUGCCCAAUAUCAUACUCACUGAUGACUCCAACCCCAGUCUGUCAAAGGACAUCAGCAGCGCACUCUCUACGGUGCCUGAAUGUUUUGACUCAGAGGGUGGCUUCCCGUUGGAGGACGAGCUGCGCAUCGAGCCCCUCAGCCUGGACGGUCUGAGCAUGCUCAGUGAUCCCGACAUGGUGCUGCCGGACCCAUCUGUGGAGGAUACUUUUCGCAGUGACAGACUCUGAACAUAAAGAGCGUCACAGGUUUCAACAACGAGAACGCACACCUGGAUUUGCAGUGUAUAGAGUGUACAAAUCUGAAUAUGCAUGCAAACAAUCUCUAUAGGGCCACUGUGCAUGCAUCCACUGCCACUAAGAUUCAUUAAAUGUGAAAGACAAUGAACGCGUGCAUAGUCAUGCACACAUAUAUUUUUAAGGAGGAGACUUGUGAACAAACACUGUUUACAACUGCUUCAUGCAAAGUUACCCUCACACAUGCUCAAGCUCGUAUUUCUCAGACAUUAUUUUAAAUGGAGGAUCGACGCAGUUUGGGGUGUGAAAUCAGCACUGGGAGCAGAAGUAGGUCCAGUUCCGAGAGUCUGCACCUCCUCCAGACCGCUUCUCCCCCUCCAACCAAAAAGAGUCGGAUGAAAACAUGUGAUACAAUCCAGCGAGGAGCCAGUCCCUCCCGCUUCUUUCUCUCAUCACCAGCUCACAGCCCCCCUGAAGCCGUGGCAACCUCGUUGCCAUGGUUACACACCAUGGCAACCCCAUCGCCAUGCUGAAGAGCAGCAGAAAUGCCAACACACAGUUUACUUCCAGUAAAUGAGGUAACGGGAGCCCAGAGCUGUUACUGCUCUCAGCUGGAGCAGUAACAUGUGUCGGUGGCGAAACAUCUGGCCGCCCAGUGUUCUUCAGGUGAAGUGAAAACCGGCCACGUCGUGGCUACUUUAGGCUCUCGAACAAUCACGGUAGAAAUGAAGACUAGAGAGAUUAGAGCUUUUGUUUUAAAAUGUAUUUCUUUACAUAUGGAAUCAGAUUAUUUUUGAGAUGUUUGCCACAGAUCUAUAAAUAUAAAUAUAUAUAUACACAUAUAUAAAAGCCUCAAUUUCAGUCUGAUUAGAAUGUAUUUUCAAACUAGAAACAAAAAGGGCAAACUGUUUACAAAGAUGAGAUUUUAAUAAGUAAAUAUUACUUGAGUAUAGAUUUUUGAAUUUCUGAUUGAGAAAUAAAAUUCUAACAUGUAUUGAAUAAAUGCUAUAUUUUUCCUUGUAAUUUGGAUGGAUAUUCCCCCUCUCCUCAGUCACAGAUGAAUCGGCUGUGAUUUCCUUUGGCAGAACUCUUAGAGCACUGGGACAGCGUUCAAAUCCAUUUUUAAAAAAGGAAGUUCACGUUUUUUUUGUUCUUGAAAAUACUUCUAUGUACAUUCAUUGCAUAUGUUUUCUUUUACAUUUUGUACUGACUUGUAAUGGCGCUUGUACUGUACUUUAAAUCUUGUUGUGAAUAAGGGCAUGCGCUGUGCUACUGUGGAUCGAUUAUGUCCUAAAUAUCUUUUCUUUUUUUGCAUCCGGCUUUCUGUCCUCGUGUUACGGCAGCACAGUGACCCCCCCCCCCCCCCUCCCCCCCCCUCUCCUCUGUGGUUGAACAGUCAGUGACAAAGAGAAAGCAGACUGUAAUCAUGUGGACAUCGGACAUCAUGUAACAUUGCACAGAACAUAUUUUGCACUAAUUGGUUCACAGUGUGUACACUGAUAUUUUUACACCUGAUAAGAGUGUCUUUUUUUUUCUUCACCUGAUAACCCAAAGAAGUUGAAUGAAGCCAUUACUGAGAAAAGUGAGACUUUAUGUGACUAAAUAUGAGAAGUCACUGCACCUACGCAUAUUUUAAAACACCGGCAUCAGGUGUUUCAUUUUGAUACGUUGUGAAAAAAUUCAUAACAUUUUAUUUUCUGGGCUUUGGGUUUUGUAAGGAGCUCAUAUAUAUACACUUGAUUAUGUAAUAACUCUGCCAUUUAGGGCAUUGAGUGCCCCCUAGUGUCUGUUUUAAUAAAGUCAAAGAGCUAUUUUUAAUAUUGCUUCUGAAAGGAUUUUGGAGCAAAUUUCUUACUUUGCUUCUUUAGCUAUGCAACUUUUCUCAAUUAAGUGGAACCUGUUGAACAGGUGCAACUUGUACAUUAUGCAGUGUAACAUGGCUUGCAGGUUUAUUUUGUUAUGUUGACAAUGUGGGGGGGGGGGAUCAAAUUUACUAGAAAUCACAAUAUUACAUGUGUCCAGUGUCCACAGUGUGUGUUGGCCCUCAGUCAGAGAACAAGAGCAUUCAUAGGGAACGAUUUAAAGGAACUCGUGCAACAUUUUGGAUUGCAGACCAAAUGGUGCAUGGCACUGUUUGUUUAUUUUAGUUUAUUUUUUUACGUUUUGGGUCAGAAGAUGUCACACCGGCACUGUGUGGACCGUGAGUUCUUCUGCGAGUGUGUGAAAGAGAUUCAGUGUGAUUAUUUGUCAAAUACAAAAUGAAGAGGGGUGUCGGGGUUAUCGUGAGGUCGUUUUAUAAGAGUUUAUAUUCAAUUACAGCUGUUAUACGUUUUUACCUGCUCUCUGUUUAACUCUAGGAGACAGUGGGUGAGUGACGGAGCCACUUUGCAGUUUAAUGUUCCUGUUUUGUGUUUUCUUUUUAUCCGUUCCUCCCUCUGUCCCAGCCUGUUUGCUGCUGUCUAAACGCCUGCCUUUUGCUGCCUUACUUUGUUGUAUUUUGACUUUUCAUAUUCCAGCAGUGACCUGUAUCAGCUAGUAAUCACUUCCCUUUAGCUUUAGCUCUGUUUGGUACUAAUUGCCCAUCGUUCUUUCCUGUCACUGUUUCGUUCGUUGUUGUUUUGUUUUUUUUGUCUUACUUUUUUUUUAGUUGCAUAUUAAAAUGUACAGUUCUGUUAUUUAAAGAAUGUUUUUUUUUGUCCACUAGUGUUACUACUUUUUUUUUUUGUAAUGUCAUUUGAGUUUUGUUUUUCCCCAAGAUAUAAAAUGUUCUUGGUUUGUAAUAGUGCUUAUCUCUCUGAUUUAAUAUAAACAAUAAAACUCUAUACUGUGUAUUAAGCUUAAA